AUGACUAGCGAAGCCGAGGACCAGCAGCUUCCGCAGUAUCAGGCGCUCGAUCUGAACUACGGGCCGCCGGAGUACACCCCGUCGUUGCACCACACGUCGUUGGUGUACUACAGCGACGAGUCCCGGUGCAACGGCAAGACCGCGUUCGUGCCCUUGCUCUUUGAGAUCAACUCGACGCAGAUCAACUUCUACCACCUCAAGGACGAGUACUCGAAGUACGUCGCGUACCUCUUCAACGACUUGCAUCCGACGUUUGUCGACCCAAACCUCAACAUCAAGUCCAAAAACCCGUCCAAGAUGAACAUCGUCGGCGGUGGCAUCGGCUCCUCCACCUCCCUCUUCAGCGUCCCGGACGCCUCCGGCAACAGCUCCUCCGUCUUCCUGAGCUCUCUGCAGCCCACGUCGCCUCCGCCGCUGCUCACCUCCGCCGCACACUGCUCCUCAACCUCCUCGCUCUCGACAAUGUUCUCCCUGAACUCGGGCAACUCCUCCAUGAACAACUCCGCCGCCUCCUCCAUCUCCUCGUCCGCAUCCUCCUCCUACAACACCGGCUCGAUCUACACGCCUACAUUUGCACGCAACUUCUCCAACGCCAGCACAACGAAAACCUCCUUUACUAAAUUCUUCGACAAGCUCUCCUUGAAGAAGUCGAAAAUCGACUCACCGCUGACCUACCACAUGGUCUCCUUGACAGAUGCGGAGAAGAAGUCUCAGGACCUGAUCUACGUCCAGAAGCUGAUGAACUACAAGCCAGACAUUAACUCCAUAAUGGAUACAGACUACUCUCCUCAGGAGGCCCAAAUGCUGAACUUCAAAUCAACCCUUUUCAAGUCUUUUUCUCUACAGGAGCUCGUCAAGUUCGGUAACGCCUCGGACUUCCAUUCCAAACCCUUCACCCUACGCUUGAUUUUCCCUACAGAGCAGUUUGUCAUGGUCUCCUACAACGUUAACCUCUAUGGUUCGAUCUUCUAUAAGCUUAACGUGGCCAAGGAAAUCAGCCUAGACAUUGAUCUAAGAAUACCUUUCCCUACAGACUACUGCGUUCCCCGCAGAUCGAGAGGCAGACGGACCAGAGGCAGGCACAGGUCUUCAACGGCCGGAUCGACCUCUUCCAUGAACUCCACUGCAACCACAAGCACAAACGCGAAUGCCAACACAAACUCUGCUGCCAAUGGCAAUGCGGUCUCGAGAACAACUACAAGAUCAAGAAGCAAUUCUCUUUUAGACGAUGGUGAUGAGGAAGACGAAUUCGAUACAACUUUCAACAUAGACUGCCAACCGCAUUUAGAUUAUCAACCUCAUCACUCGAUUCAACCACAAAUAAUCCUGGAAGAUGAAAUACUAAACGAUAUCAUACAGUUGGAACCGGCUCAACAGGUCCUUUCUUCUCUGUCUUGUGUAUCUCGUGUCACCACCUCUUCAGUAUUUUCCUCAGUUGAGAGAUACUCCUCCCAGGCCACGGAUAUGACCAUGAUGUCUUCUUUGUCUCCGAUAUCCUCUGAAAAUGAGGAAGAAACAUCUUCACUUCAUUCUGCUGAUCUAGAGCUUCCUCAUCUUGAAAAAUCACCUCCUGAAGAUACCGCUCAAUCCACAUACAAAGAGUUGGUCUUUGCUAUCAAGUGUAUCAGGUCUUGCAAGAAUAAAACUCUGCCGUGGCUCAGAUAA